ACCGCGGCUCUGACUCGGGGUGGGACGCGGUUAGCUGACGUCUUCGUGUAUCUCACUCGUCUUUCCGCCCUCGUUCGGUUAAAAAUAUUUACGGGGCGGCUGGCCGCUGAUGUUCCUUCGCGAGUGAAGGGGUUGCGGCGGAAGGUUCGUAUCUUUUCGGGCCUUUUUUUUUUGUUUCUUUUUUUUUUGUCGUGGCAGAGUCGCCUUGUGUCGCGAGCCGCCGACCGCUAGCUGUCCGGCUAGCAGAAGCUCCGCAGAAAUGGACGAGAAGGCGUUUACCAAGGAGCUGGAUCAAUGGAUCGAGCAGCUCAACGACUGCAAGCAGCUGUCGGAGAACCAAGUGAAGACGCUUUGUGAGAAGGCUAAAGAGAUCCUGACGAAGGAGUCCAAUGUCCAGGAGGUUAGAUGCCCCGUCACCGUGUGUGGGGAUGUCCACGGCCAGUUCCACGACCUGAUGGAGCUCUUCAGGAUUGGAGGGAAGUCACCGGACACAAAUUACCUCUUCAUGGGAGACUAUGUGGACAGAGGCUAUUAUUCGGUGGAAACUGUCACUCUGCUGGUCGCUCUUAAGGUUCGGUUUCGUGAACGCAUCACAAUCCUCCGUGGCAACCACGAAAGCAGGCAGAUCACGCAGGUGUAUGGGUUUUACGACGAGUGCUUACGGAAAUACGGCAACGCCAACGUCUGGAAGUACUUCACUGACCUCUUCGAUUACCUUCCCUUAACUGCCUUGGUAGAUGGUCAGAUAUUCUGUCUUCACGGUGGAUUGUCACCGUCAAUAGAUACACUGGAUCACAUCCGUGCCCUGGACCGCUUACAGGAAGUUCCACACGAGGGACCUAUGUGUGACCUCCUGUGGUCAGACCCGGAUGAUCGGGGGGGCUGGGGCAUCUCUCCCCGUGGUGCGGGCUACACCUUCGGACAGGACAUCUCUGAAACAUUCAACCAUGCCAACGGCCUUACCCUGGUCUCCAGAGCUCACCAGCUGGUUAUGGAGGGUUACAACUGGUGUCAUGAUCGCAAUGUCGUAACAAUUUUUAGCGCGCCAAAUUACUGCUAUCGUUGUGGGAAUCAGGCAGCUAUCAUGGAACUUGAUGACACCUUAAAGUACUCCUUCCUGCAGUUCGACCCGGCACCCCGCAGAGGCGAGCCCCACGUGACGCGUCGCACUCCAGACUACUUCCUGUAAAACAUUUCUGUACAAUAUCAUCGCAAUUUAAUAUCCAGUCAACUUAACAAAUACAAGGGGGGGUGAGGGACGGGGCUGGGGUGUGGAACGACUGGAACAGACGUCCAGUCUGAGGGCAGCAACUAUUUAAGAAUUCAGUAACCACCUGUGAACAGGGACCAAAAGGUGUGCCAUACUCAGAAUGAAAACGUUAAAGGAUCUGUCAAAGAAGACCAUGAACAGUGAAUUCCUCAAUGCAUGUUUAAGAUUUAUUUAAGCUGCCAUUUUUUUUCUUUUUUGUAACUUACAAAAAUUUUACACAUACAUGCACAUAUACGAUAUUUAUAAGAUUAUGCUAUGCUAUAGCCAGUUAGAACUAUAUAAUCACGGAUGGUAAAAAUUUCCCGGGUACUGUUAGUGUUGUAACAUCAGAAAUGAAUGUGUAAUCUCUGAAACACACUCUGGAAAAAUCAACGGAAACAGCUCUGGUUACGAAGGGUUCGUUUUCAGCUUUGUUCAGCAAGCUGCGAAAGAAGGCAGUGAACAUGCAUUAAAACCUUAAGUUACCAAGGCCUGUGGUUGGGAUGGUUGGAGUUUUCAUCUUCAGGAAGGUGUUUGUCUGCACUUUUUUUUUUUUUAGAAUUAAUUUAAUUUUUUGUGACAUUCAUUCGUCAGUAGAACUGAACAGGUUCUGUAUUUUUGUUACUUCAGCAGACAGCCGGUUCUCUGCUGCUUUCGUGUCUUUCUCCUUUCUGUACUUCAGUUCCACUUGUGAACUAAAUGCUUAAGACAUUGUUCGUUUGUAUGUAAGGAAGACAACACGUGCCCAUGUGGGGAAAAUGGUUUCACUAACACUUGAGGUUUAACUGUAUGUAGGAAUCCAGUUGAAUAAAGAUGGAAGUUGCUCCUCCA